UCAUCACCUCGUUCUUACAUGUGUCACUGUCUCUCUUCACUGCUUUCUCUCGUCUCUCUUUUCCACAUUUCAGCCUCAUCUCGCUCCCCGAGGGGCAUCUUUGGACAAGGGGGGGGGGCAUUCAAACACUAUGCUCUCUGUGUAAGCUCUCAUCACCACUUUUCCAUCCAAAAAGAAAGCCUCACAUUUCCUUUUGUUUUGUUAGUUUGACCUUUGUUAAAUCCCGGCGUGCUGAGCAGUGUGGAAUCCAGUCCUCCCCAGGUCGGGGGUCUCUGAGGACAGAAUGUGAGGGCUCAGCGCCACAGUAGCAUUGGACCUGCUACCUCACUGGUGUGUACAGUAACCGCACCGCCUGCAUGUGGGAUGCUGGCUCACAUUGCAGCACAGAGAUAAGACAAGAACACCUGGGAGGAGAAAUGCGUUACUCAAGGAGAGCAUAUGCUGAGCCGUGAAAACACACACACACACACACACACACACACACACACACACACACAGACACAGAUGCACUCGACGUGUCGUUGUGUUUUUUUUCAUGCCAGUAGGUUGUGGUGAUGUUGUUGUUUUCCAACGUCACACGCUGAGGUCAAAGUGUGCUGUGUGUCUGCAAACUUUCUGUUUCUGUCAAGUUGUUCCUGGAAACAUCGGAUGAAUAAUAUUUCUAAUCCCACAGGAAGGAAUGCAGUGCAUUUAUUUGGAAGCAGAUUUCAACGUGGAAAAUUCCGACUCCCGGGGUUGAUUUGAACGCACCAUCAGCGCGCGACCUGAUCACGAGCGCCUCACGAAGCUGCUCAAAUUACCUCCAUCUUCAUACAUUACCUGGUCGUGGAGUUUAAUGGUGGAACAUGUCAAGUGGGGAUAUAUUUUAUGACAAGAUUCACUUUCGGCAUGACCCCAAAUGGAGCGGGCGGCUGGGCCCCGCGGAGGGGGGCGGGCUGCUGCUCUGUGUGGCCUGCGUCAUCGAACUGUUUGAGAGCCAAGAUGUUUCGUCGGUGAGGAAGUCUUUUGCCUUGCUCGGUAUCUGCCAGGUGCUGAGAUGUUCUCCGGGGGCCCUGAGAGAGCUGCUCCGACAGGACAGCAGCGUCUCUCUGCGUUUUACAGCUUCUCUAUUGGCGAUGCUUCACACCGUGGAGGACCAAGCCACUCUCGAAAAGGUUGACCAAGUGCUGGUUCAGCUGCUCCUGGAGCUCCAGAGCGAAAUGUCGUACCGCUUUGUGUUGGACGAGAUAACCAAACAGCUGAGCGAUGGGCUCGGCAUGAAGGAUCUCCUGCCCACCUUCACCUUCCUGGGAAACCUAGUGGAAGCAGCUCCGAACACGGCCAACAGCCUGGUGACUCAGUACGUGCCCUUGCUGGAGCACCUGUGCUCGGCCCUGCUCUACCCAGACGAAGCGCUGAAGGCGUCGGUCGUGUAUGUUUGGCUCAAACUGUUCAGGACGGCCGGCGGCUCUGCAGCUCAGUCUCUGCCCAUCGCCAUCAAGGACAGAGUGUGUAUGCUGUUGCUGCAGACUUUGGCCAAUGCCAGCUCCCCCAAUCUCACCACAAACUGUGUUGGUCUGCUGAAAUCGCUGGUGCAGCUGCCAGAGGCUGUGGCAGUUCUGAUGAACGGGAAAAGGGAUCCGACCCCGUGCCAUGAGAACCAGAACGUCCCCACCGACAGCGGCCAAAACCAAGAGCAACAGUCCCCCGACCAGUGCCCUCUGCCUCUGAUGCUGAAAAAGUUGCUGAUGACUGGUGACGAGACGUUGCAGGCGACCAGUGCGAGGUGUAUUGCAUCGAUCCUGGUUCAUUCCCAGUGCAGCGCUCCCUUCAUCCAGGCCGACGUACCUGAGUUUCUAUUCGACCGUCUGGCCAGCAGUAAUAGUGAGGUGAUGCUGUGGUCUGCUUAUAGCUGUUUGCUGCUACUGACCGACGACCCUCUCUUCUUCUCCCAGUGCCACUCGGUCUACGGUAUUGAGUCCCUUGUGCGAAGUCUGAAGGAGGCUCUGCAGUUGACCAACCUGGAAGUACCGAAACAAGGUCUGCUGCUCCUUACUGAGAUACUGGAAAGACAGCCCCCGAGCGAGCGCCUGUUUCCCAGUGGUUCCGGCUUUGAGGCGGUGUCAGAGGUGGUUUUAGGUGGAGCCUCCUCCCCCUGCCUGCAGGUAGCCACGCAGGCUGUCAGCGCUGCAUCAGCCCUGUUCAGAUUGAACCACCAAUCCAGACCAGUCCAGUACGGGAAGAUAGCAGCAUUGAUUGAGGCAAUCACCAACAGAUUUUCAGGGCUGCCACUGCACUCUGCCGCUCCGCAUCGAGGCUCUAGGAGUCUGAAGAGGUUCAACACCAGCAGCCAAGCUUCCAGUUGUGAGGCCUUUCUGCUCCAGUCCAUGGUCUGUUAUCAUGCUGCCUGCAGGUUGGCCAAGGAGUGUUUAUCAGAGCCGGUUCUGAAGGAGAACACGUUCACAGCUCCAUCAAAACAGGGCCAGGAUCAGGACUCACUGGAGUCUCUUUGUCAAUGUCUGCUGUGCUGCUGCGACUCCGUCUGGAUACCAACCAUCAUUAGGAUGUGUGAGCAUGCACCCAACGCUCAGAUACUGCAGUACUUCUACUCCAUCCUCUCCUCCCAGUUCAGCCUGCUUCCCUCUCUCAUGCCUGCUUUUGUACAUAAGCUUGCGUCCUCUGGUUUCUACAGGCUGCCUCUGGAACACAAAGGGCUCCUCUGUGCAGGAAAGAGGCACCCCUACCUGAAUAUAUCAUGCUGUGUUUUUCUUCAGGAACUCAGCAUGUGUCUGCUUUAUCAGUCAGACCCUGAUUCUGAUUCAUGUCAGCAUGAUAUGGAGGAGGUGAAGAAUCUUCUGGUGUACAACCUUCCCGCUCUGUGCUGUCGUCUGUCGGACUGGCCCGCUCUGCUGCGCGAGGCGCCGGGCCUCCAGCUGAGUGACUACAAAGGGCCCAGAGCCACCCAGUACUGUCUGGUGAUAAUGCUGCACCUGGCCCUGCAGCAGGGAGACAGACUUCUCCCGGACCAGACGGUGUUCUCCAGCGUGAUGUGGCUGCUGCACUCGGUGCAGGCGCAGGCCAGCAGUGCCCCGCCUCGCUGCGUGCUCCGCUCUGCCCUCUACCUGCUGGCAGCGACGCAGGAUAAGAGCCCCAACCUUGACGCGGCUUCUCUGAAUUGCAUCAGCAAGGCACUGUCCUCCUGCCAAAGCUUCCCCUCCCUCUACAUUCACCAUCCUGCUCUCCUGCACUUCAUCUGGAGAUAUCCAGAUCUAGCAGAGAACUACGGGUCCCUGGUCCUGGAACUGUGGUUGACCAAGCAAGCUCAGCACAGAGAUGCACAGCCGGGGGGAGAAAGUCAUGCAGACGAAGGACCGGACCAGGAGCCAGACACCGAGGUCAUGGAGCUGCUGACUCUGAUCGAGGAGCACCCGGCUGUCAUGUUGACCCUCCUGGACAUGGUUUGCAGCAGGGAGGCUGACCUGGCAGGGCGAGCCCUGGCUGUGCUGGAAGCUGUUAUUUCUAGUCAAAGAGACUAUGACGCUGACUUGUGUGCCAACCUUAGGCCGGCCCUGCUGCAGGCAUUAAAGAUGCUCAGCGUGAACAUGAGCCAGGAGCUUGGACUGGGACACACAGCACAGGCAGUGAACUCACUCCCUCUGGUGCUGAAGCUGCUUUGCGCGAUGCAGGCCAGCGACCCGCCUUCGUCCUCCUACAGUAAGAUGGACGGAGUGCACUUCAAGCUGCUCUAUCACGUGAGUAAUGUUGCAGGGCGGCUGAAGCCUACAGACACGGGGAGCCUGCUACCCGCCCUCAGCUACCUGUACUGCUGCUUGAGUCUCUCCCCAGCACACUGCACUGACAGAGCUGUCUCCGUGCUGCUGUCCAACAGUCAACUGAUGGACCAGCUGCAGACGGUCUUCUCCUCUUCCUCCUCCUCCUCAUCUUCUGCUCCAUCCCUCUCUCCACCAGCCUGCCCCCCCUCAGCGCUGCUGUGCGGCAGCCAUCUCCUCCUGUCCUCCCUCAUUACCUUGCAGCGCGUUCACUCGGCUCAGGUCAAAAAGAGCAUCGGCUGGAGUCUGAACACAGCUGUGCAGCGACUUCUUGUUCAAAAAAGGAACACCGACAAUCUCUUGCUGGUCAGCUACCUGAGGUUGCUGCAAGCUCUCCUUGAUGCUGACCUGGCAUCAGCAGUGGUGCAUCUGAGUACUGGUCCUGGCCUGGUCGGGCCCAGACCUCUGGGGGUGGAAGAUGGUGCUUUGUACCCGCUCGGCUCCAGAGGAACUCGGUGCCUCUUGACUGUCCUCAGUGGACUUCUUUUGCAGAAGCACGAGCUGUUGCUGAGAGCCUCGGUCAACUGCCUAAGCUCCCUGCUGGGCUUCCUGCAGCGGAUGAGUCCCCCUACCGAGAAGUACGUGGCGAAUCAGCCAUGUAAUCAAUUCCUCGUCUUCUUCCUGCUCAGCUCAGGAGAGAGCUGCCGUCUGCACCCUGUCACUCUCAGGCUCAUCACAAUCCUCCUGCAGCACGGCGGUACUUCAGUGCUGUCAGAGCCUUGCCUCCUCCAGGUGAUGGAGGCGGCAGAGAGGAGGGGGCGGGAGGUGCUUAGUGAGGAAUCAGCUCAGUGCCUGAGGCUGCUCCUCUCACAGAUCCAGAGCACUGUCCUGCAGCCGCUGAUGAAGCAGAGGGUGGAGGCUGUGACGGAGUCCCUCGACCUGCAGGCGCCGGGCGAGAGCUGCAGCCCUGGUCGGCCCGACAGCGUCUUGCGCGUCGGAGACGUGUCCAUCUGUCUGUCUGACUUUACCUUGAAGGCUGAUGUCCCGACGCACUGAUUUUGUCGCUGCUGAGAUUGUUGCACCAUCGGUUUCAUUGUUCACAUUUUGCUAAAUACGUCUGCUAGAUUGCUAGUGUGUGUGCGUUCUGCUCUUAAAGCAUCACAUGCUCCGGCCUACAAUUGAGAGGCUUCUCUGUGAAAUAAUUUACUGGAAGUAUUUAAAGUUUCAACAGUUUGUGGUUUGGGUGGAACGUGGAGUCUUUGUUCAAUAAAGAUAAAAGAUA